UCCUGGCCGUCCCCCGCCCCAAAAAACGCUCCGGCCGCCAGAUCGCCGCUGAUGGCUUCUGGAUCCACUUCUUCCGGCUCUGGGAGGAGGGGGCUGGUGUCUUGCGCGCACAGCCUCAAAUGCCGCGUCGAGGAUGCGCCUCUGCCUCUUUACCCCGACCUCGAAAAGGCCAUCUACGAGCUCAUCGUUGGCUUCUACGACCAGGCGUUCAACCGGCUGCCCUGCGACAGGAUUCCGGGCCUCCGCGACCUGCUCACCACCGCCGGCACCUGCCUCGGCCUCCUCGACCCCGUCUCCAACAUCAUCCUCAACACCCUCGCCCUCCUCCCCGAAGGCGCCGCCGCCGCAGCUUCCACCGCUCCACCCGCCACAAAGAAGUCCAAAAGACUAGUGCGCAAGGCCUGGGCCUGGCACGACAUUGCAAACAGGUCCUACAACAGUCUCCUGGCCUUCCUCAUGGCGUACUUCGGAUGUCUCUGCACCAAGGAACAGGCCGCCCGCUACAUCUACUGGGCGGGCGCCAAUCUCAGCCUCGCCGUCAUGCUCGUCGAAUACGAUCUCUACUAUAGGGUGGAGGAUACACUGGACCCUGAAUCCGGCAGGACGCAGGCCGCCCUCGAGUGGGCGGCCACCAUCGCAGGUCACCCUUCCCCCACCGUUUUGACUAAGCUCAUGUCAUCCCAGCUCAAAGACGACGACUUUCACCUUCUGGAGAAGCAACUCUUUUCAGCAGCAGAUACCCCUCUCAAGGCUGAUGAUGUCGGAGAAAUCGACAGCAUAUUGCGCAUGAUGAUGAGCCCGCCCUGUGUUGCCAGCGUAAGCCAUACCACAAAAGGGCUGGUUGUCCAUGUUCGUCAGAACCUCGACACCGUGUGGUCGACCACCCCCUCCGCUACAGAGGACACCAGGACCACCUCCACCUCUCUCUGCUGGGACGGAAAACCCAUCUCGUCGCUGCAGUGCGGACUGCCUGACAAGCUAGAACGUUGCCUGGAAAGAGCAGCUGGCCUGGAACAAUAUUUGGAGAACCUGUGCAGCAGUGACACCUGCGAUUACCUGCAGACUCUCAAGAUGCACCUCCACGGUAUGAUUCAUAUCUGGUGCGUCAAGGUGCUCAAGCUGCUGCCCAAACCAUCCGGCUCGCUCAUGCGCGCCUUCCUCAUGGCCGGCCACUGCUACGGCUCCAUGGACCCUGUCUCCAACAUCAUCGUCAACUCCAUUUGGUACAACAGCCACGGCUGCCCUCUCCCAGAGUCUGAACGCAGCAAGAUUGAGCAAUACAAUGACAUCCUGGACCCCCUAUCUCUGCUCCGCACACAGGUUCACUCCCUCAAGGGCCUUGUGGAACUCGCCAAAUUCGCCAUCCUGGACACAGCACACGGCGGGUUCUCAACAGAGGGUUGUGCUCUGGAGUUGCUCUGCAGUGCAGGAUGCGACGUUUUUGACAGGUUUCCAUCAUCGGCAGGGAUGUUUAAAGAGAAGAAGCUCUUCCAUGAAGUUGCCAAGGCCGCUGGACACCCUCUACCGCUUCAGCUGGGUGAACUGCACGAGAUGCUGAUGGUAGCACCCGAGGGACAAGCGCUGCUCUCCUUGACGUCCGAGGCUCAAAUUCAAUGUAGUGUGUUGCGCAUCGAGGACAUGACAAAUCAUAUAAGCCGCAUGUGGCGCGGUUGGGUGGCUGCUAAAACUGGUGGCGUUGUGCAAGCUCCUAAACUUUUUCCAAAGUCUUUGAUGUUCGUGUCAAGCAUGAGAUCAAAGUAUGAGGAGCGGAGGAGUUGGUUCCGCUCAAAGAUUGAACAGGUGCUGAAGGAUUACACGACCCAGCAUUUUUGGGAGCAGCAGUAUAAACUUGAUAUUAUCUGUGGCGUGGAGGCAAUCAACAAAGGCCGCCCCCCCUUGGGUGAGAUGUGCUACCGCGUGAACUUCACUGCUACUUCCCAUUUGGAGCGUGAGAGGAGGCUAUUCUUCGCUGAGUUUUUGUUCUCAGGUGGGCCAAGGCCAGAGACCUGCUGCCCUCUACCCUAUGACUAUGCGGGCCGUUGCUACUAUGGUGAGCAAACCGCGAGGAAAAUUGUGUAUCCUGAUGACGCCAAAUACAUCCCGCAUGAUAUCACCCAUCCUGGAACCCGCCGUGUGGAUGACAUGCUAGAGAUGGACGUCGUCCACUUCAGUUCCGAGAUGGACGUGGAGCUCGCAGAGAAACUCAACAAGAUGCAUGCCAAUUGAAGAGUGAGUCUGAGUGAAUCUUCUGUCGCAGCGGUCGUGCGUGUGAUGCUAUCAGCUGUGAAGUGAGACCAUAGUACUAUAUAUGCUUCCUGCUGUGUGUUAUGAUGUCCUAAUUAAUGCGCAUUCUGCUAUGUAUUAUCUAGACUGGAUGACAUUCUUCAUUAUCUAUACUGGAGUAGUACUGUUA